UUUUUUUUUAUUUUUCGUUAUUUUGUUUUUUUUCUCUUGUAUAAAAAAAAAAAAGUAGUCAAAUUAUGCGACAUAGUUUUAUCAGAAUAUUAAAAACAAAGCCAUUGAUAAUUUUCAUUUGCAUUUAUUAUUGUAAUAUUAAAAAUAAUUGUUGAAUCAUUAUUUAAAAAUGUCAACAUUGUGUUAUGUUGUUUUGCCAAUUGUCGUUUUACUUGGUAUAUUAAGAAAAUGCCAAGAAUAUACCUGGGGUAAAUGUAAAGACACAAGUAAUCUUAAAGAUAAAGUAUAUCUUGUAACUGGUGCUAAUUCUGGUAUUGGAAAAGAAACAGUUAAAGAAUUAAUAAAAAGAAAUGCUCGUGUCAUAAUGGCAUGUAGAAAUAUGGAAAAUGCAAAAAAUACAAUAAAAGAAAUACGAUCUAAAAUUCAUACUGGUGAAAUGAUACCAAUGGAAAUUGAUUUAUCAUCAUUAUCAUCAAUUCGCAAAUUUUGUAAUAAUGUGUUAAAUGAUUUUUCACAAAUUCAUGGUUUAAUAAAUAAUGCUGGAGUUUAUGUACCACUAAAUAAUCAUGCAUUAACAAAUGAUGGUUUUGAAAUACAUUUUGGUAUUAAUCAUCUUGGUCAUUUUCUAUUAACUAAUUUAUUAUUGGAUAGAAUUAAAUCAUCAGCACCAAGCAGAAUUGUCAUUGUAACAUCAAAGCUAUUAGAAUCAGGGACAAUUGAUUUUUCAAAUUUAAAUGCUGAAAAAGGAUUACAAGCAAAAGGCAGAAUGAAUCCAGGCUAUUGUAAUUCAAAAUUAGCUAAUGCAUAUUUUGCCAAAGAAUUAUCAAAACGUACUGAAAAUACUGGUGUUAAUGUUUACAUGGUUUGUCCUGGUUUUACAUAUACUGGUUUAUUUAGAAAUGUCAAAAGAAGCUGGUUUCAUUAUAUAUUAUUUUCACCAAUUGCAUUGUUAUUUCUUCGUACAGCUUAUCAGGGAGCACAAACAGUUAUUAAUUGUGCAACUGAUGUUAAUUUGUCAAAUGAAAGUGGAUUAUUAUAUCGUAAUUGUAAGAUAUACAAUUCGAAAAAAAAAUUAGAUGAUAAUAUUUCGAAACAACUUUGGGAUAUUAGUGCAAGUUUAACAAGACUUGAUUCUGUUGGAUAAAUUUAUAAUUUGAUUUAUAUUUGAUGAAUUAAUUUCGUAAUAAAUAUACCUAUUUUUCAUCUUUAAAACUGUCUUCUCCAUCCCAUGAAUUAAAUGUUGGUUUACAUUAAAUUUUGAUUACAUUAGUUAAAACAAUUGGGUAAUUUUUAAUAAAUUAAAAUAAAUAUAAAAUAAUUUUAUAAGGUCAAUAUUUUAUUAAUAAUUUGAUCAUUUUUUAAAUCUAUACAAAAUUAAAUUAAAUAAAUCAUCACAAUUUUAUUUUAAAUUUAUUUAUUACAUAUACUAAAUUUGAUGACUUUUAAAAGAAAAAAAAAACAAUAAUUUUCUUAUUAUUAAAAUUUAAAUAAUAAAUAUUAAUUAAAUUACAAAUAAUUUUAUAAUUUCAUUUAAUAAACUAUAAAAUUAAAAAUUAAUUAAUUUAUAAUUAAAUAACACAGAAUUUUUAUAAUCGUGGUUUCAUAACUUUAAAACUUGUUUUUUUACUAGCCAAUGCUUCUGUUCUUGCAAAUACAUUUUCUGAACUUUUUCUAAUUGAAUCAAUAAGUUCACUUGAUGCUUGAUAAUUAUUAAUAACUUGUUCAACUUUAUUUGUUUGUAAAUUUGUUAAAUUAACAUUAUUAUUAAUAACACUGGGUGUUUGUAGACUCAUUGUUGAUUCAUAUUUACAUUUAUUUAUUGUAGUAUUAUUAUCAUCAUAAUCAUCAUAAAAUGAUUUAGCACUUUCUGGACAACUUGAUGCAACAACAUGUUCAUCAUCAGUUAUAUUAUUUGUAUGAUUAAUGUCAUUUAAUGAUGAAAAUGAAUUUGAAUUAUUAAUAAUUUUUUUAUUGGCAAGAUUAAUUGUUGUAUUAUUAUUAUCAUUAAUUGUUUCUUGACUAAUAUUAUAAUUAAUUUUAUCAAUAAUUGAUAUUGUCGAUGGACUACCAUCACCACAACUUGAUUCUUCAUCAAUUUUUUUACUAUUAUUAUUAUUAUUUAUAAUCAUAUCAACACAAUCAUUUUGUGAUGAUGAAUUAAGUGCAAUUUCACAACUUGAUAUUGAUGUUGAACUUGUUUUUUUUAAUGUUGAAUCAUCAGAAUGUAUUUUAGUUAUUGAUAAUGGUAUUGAUAUUUCAAUUUCAGUAUCAAGUAAUUCACUUGAUGAUGUUGCUGAUAAUGAUUUAUCAACAAUAUCAAUAUUUUUAUUAAAUAUAUUUAUAUUUUCAUCAUCACUACUAUUACUUAUAGCAUCUCUUGGCAAUGAUAAUGAUUUUUUAUUAUUACUAUUAUUAUUAUUAUCAAUUGUAAAAUCAUAAGAUUUACAUAUACGUUUUGUAUAAUUAUUAAAUUUAUUAAAUGCCAAUGAUUUAUCAAGACCUUGAUCUAAUGAUGAACUUAAAAAUUUUUUAUUAUAGGUUUUUAUAUUAAACAUUUGUCUGUUUAUGUUGUUGUUGCUAUUAUUCAUAUUCAUUUUAUCAAAUAAUAAUUUUUGUAAUGGUGGUGUUGAUGGUAAUUCAUUUUGUUCAGUAUUUAAUGAUGAACCAGAUAAUGUUCUUUUUGUAUUAUCAAAUAUUUGUUGAUUAUUAUAUUUAAAAUUUAAUAAUGUUGAUAAAUUUAAUAAUGUACAACGUAAAUCAAUUGUUGGAAGACCACAAUACCAUCUUAAUUGUGAUAUAUUUUUAUUUAAUAAAUAAACACCAUAA